AGAGGAUCACUGAACUGGGAUCGAGUAUUAAAAAUUGGUCUUUAUUUGGCAAAGGAGACAGAAUAUGCACCGUUCUUGGCGUUCAGACAGACCAUUCGCGAUUUCAUCACAAUGUUCUCGGCAACAAGCUCGAAUGCGGUCGAUAAAGACAACUGGGACUUGGUAAAGCGGUAUCUCCAAAAAGUCAUUGGACCAAUUUACGAUAAAGUGGGAUGGAAGAACAGUUCUGACUGGACUCAGAGAAUGCUCGCAUCAUUGGCCACUGAAUACGCUUGUAAGCUCAGUUACUCGGAUUGCCGUCAGAAAGCGUCAACGAGCUUCAUUGAUUUCAAGACAAAUUGCGAAAUGUCAAGAUCAGGAACUGGUUUAUGUAACAGCAUGGUGCCCGACUUGAGACGAACGCAGUAUUGUUGGGGAGUUCAUGAAAAUCCGGAAUCAAUGGACGUUGUUGAGAAAUUAUACCGGUGGUUUGUGGACAAUUCCAGAUACUUCCACCGCGAUACCGAGAAUCUUCUAGAGGCACAAGCGUGCACGACGGAUGCAACACAACUAAAGGAGUAUGUUUGUUGGUAUUAUUGCAGUUGUUAUGCUAAUCGAAGUGAUCCAUUCGUGGAUUAA